AUGAAGUUCUCUACCAUCUUCUCCACUCUCCUUGCCUCUGGCACUGCCCUUGCUGCCUACGUCCCUCAGGGAAACGCAGCUCGUGGCCUGUCUGCAGACACCGCUGGGCUUGUCAACCGAAACUCUGGAAUCCAGGCUAGAGCUGAGAAACACGCCAACCCCCUUGAUUCCUUCUUCGAUGAACUGAAGCAUACUGUCACCCCGGACGACGAGACCACAGAUAAGUUGGACAGCCGCGAUCUUGUAGGCAAUAUGUUCGGCCUUGUCGGUUCUAAUGCCAUCGACUUCAAUGAGAAGAUCGGCCACGGUUUCAAUGUUACCGCCUCCUACGUCGGUUCUAUCGAUCUCAACGCCCAGGCAACUGCUGGCAUUGAGUAUGUCUCCAAGAAGAUUUCUGGUUCCGAGACUAACAUCCCUGGAGCUUCCAUCAUGGUUACCUUCCUCGGCGGCCUGAGUGCAUUGGUUGCCAAGUUCAACUUGAACUCCAUGGCUCAAAGCUGCAUGUCUGUUGUUGGUCAACUCAUUGCUGCCAUCGACUUUAACGCACUCGUUUCUGGAGGAGUCAAGCUCUACCAGACUGUUUCCAGCAGCUUGAAGGCAGCUAUGGAGUUCUAA